CCCGAAACAGUAUAUAUUCUGCUCGACCUUCUGAUUGGUUUAAAACCGUCACGUGAGCUGCAGAACAGUGUCUAGUUGGCUGUUGAAACCUGUCACGUGACCAAGGAGCAUAUCACGUGGGUCAAAAAGCUGUGUCUGAUUGGUUGACCCCAGGUGUUCAAUUAAUCAAAGUGCACUACCAUAAUUGGACUGACAAGGCCUGUUAGCGGGAUCAAAUUUCCAGACUUGUGAGAUAUCGACCCCAAAGGCAUUGUUUUAUCUGACGUAUAAUUCAUUUAGUGUAGAACAAUAGUUCCUUCCAGACACUGUUAGCAAAUCAUACACCUGUUUCAUUACGGAGACAGUGGUACACUAUGAUAAUAAUUUAAAUAGAAAUUGCUUUGUAAACAGUGACGGAUUCAAAAUAUAUGAAAAGCCAAUAUAUUUGUGAUAUAUUUGUGACACUAAUCUUACCUUAAUAUUCUGUAAAACCCUCUGGUGUCGAGAUUACUCCAUCAGAUCCCAAAUUUGGAUCCACUACUGUUAAGGAGACCCGCAUCCAGUAGGGACUGUUGGCGGUAAGCUACAGCUCCUGCUGGUAAUCGACUCGGAAAACAGUAGUGGUCCCCGUUUUUGGGUUGGUAAUGAACACCAGAUCUAAAACAGUUCCCCAGUUAGAAUCCACACUUACCGCUCCUAUACCCCCUCCUAGAAGCCGUAAAUCUCAAAAUCCCACCUCCUUAAGUGAAAAGCAUGCUCUCCCUAUCCACAUUCACAAAAGAGCACAAGAAAUCCAAGCUCCUAACACAGACCACAGCACCCAAGAAGAUAUCUGUCCAACAUGCCACCUAGGUGUUCUUGCUGAACAAGAUGGGCUCCUUUGUGAACAGUGCAAUGUUUGGCACCAUCCCAUUUGUUAGGAAAUCAACACCAAAGAAUACAAACACCUCCAAGAUGAAAAGUUUGACAUAGCAUUUGUAUGUGGUAACUGUGAAAAACAACGCCUUACUACAUCCACUUUACCUCCCCCGGAUGCAGUCAUCGCAUCGAUCAACAAUGCAAAAUGGGGAGUCCUAAAAGGUUUACAGAUAAGGCCAGCUGUAGACUCUAUCUACAAGAGGGUAGUCCUUUGGAAGAAGAACAUGUUUAAGGUACCGAAAGGCAAGAUAGGAGAGAGUUUUAUUGAGGAAGUUGCCAAUACCAUCAAUCUCUUUAACAGUGGCUCUAACCUGGAGACAAAUGUAAUGCAAUUACUAUGACGCUUAUAAUUUUCCCCUCCUGCUCCAGAAGCCCUCCAAAUCCUCUAAAGCCAAAGACCAUGUAGCACACCUGGAAAGAAGACUCCAACUAUGGAAAGAUGGCGAAAUAGAGAAGCUCGCUAGGGAAUGUAAAUCAAUACAAGAUCGCCUACUCAAAUCUAAGUACAGCCCUGGACAUCACAACAAAGUCUUUACACGACUCAUGUUACUAGGAAAAGUAUCCGCAGCCUUAAGAUGGAAUGGGAGCCAGAGAAGUAAACUCCUGGACACAAGCCCUACUGUCAUACAGGAACUCAUAAAGAAACACCCUGAAAGCAGCCCAUCACUCGAAUCUAGUCUGAUGAAGGGACCCAUUGAAGAAGUAGACAACGUCAUAUUUGAUUCCAUUGAUUCCAUCAGAAUUGAAAAGGUUGCAAGAGACCUCAGUGGAUCUGGUGGGCCCUCAGGAACUGAUGCAGAGACAUGGCAGCAUAUUCUCUGCUCUAAGCAGUUUAAGAAAAAGCCUGAACUUCUAAAAGAAGCAGUUGCAGUUUUGGCCAGAAAGCUGUGUUGCCAAAAGAUACAGCCCGAUCACCUGAAAACAUACAUAGCAGGUCGCCUCAUCCCCCUUGAUAAAGACCCAGGGGUUAGACCCAUUGGGAUUGGUGAAGUCCUUAGAAGAAUAGUCGGAAAAGCAGUGAUGACCACAUUGAAACAGGACAUUAUCAUGAACACAGCACCCAUGCAACUGUGUGGUGGCUUACAAGGAGGAGUGGAAGCGGCCAUUCAUGCAGUCAGAAAGAUCUUUGAAGAGGAAUCCACAGAAGCGAUCCUGCUUGUUGAUGCUGAAAACGCCUUCAAUGCAUUAAAUCGCAACACAGCCCUUAGGAAUCUUCGAUACACCUGUCCAGAGCUAUUCACUUACAUCCUAAAUACAUACAGACAAGAAGCUAACCUAUUCAUUUCCAACAGUGAUGACCACUUACAAUCACAGGAAGGAACUACACAGGGAGAUACCUGUGCACUCGGAUGGUAUGCACUGAGCCUAAUGCCUCUGCUCAGAGAAGUCCAGGUUAAACAGACAGAACCUGAAACAGAACCAGAAUCAGACAGGGAACCCAACACUUAUUAGAAUUAGAAUUAUUAGAAUUAGAAUCAAAUUUACACAGCAAUACAAUAAGAAUAAAAAUAAUUUAAGAAGCUUCAAUCUGCUGUG